CAGCUCAUUGUAGAAGGAGUAUUUUAUGAAACCUUUCCUGCCCGAGGUGCAGACACUUCAUUGUCAUCACUUAUGAACUCUUGUUACAGGUUGAGAACCAUUGACAAUUGUAUUUACAAAAGAUAAACCAUAGUUUUGUUUUUAUUGCUGUGACGUCCCAGAUCUGAAGCGGCCCCACUAGACAGCCGAGCCGAGCGGAGAGCAGUCAGCCCGUCGUGUCUCUACCCGAGGCCGGAUGGUAAAAUCCAACCUCCAGCGGAUCCUCAACAGUCAUUGCUUUGCUCGCGAGAAGGAAGGAAAACAGCAGACUCCAAACACCAUGGCUGAUUUAAGUAGCGGUGUAUCUGACAUGAUCGGGAAGUUGUCCCUGCACUGUAGUAGUAGUACCCGCGGUCCGGGGCCUCUGUGGUGCUCCGAUGCCCCUCUCCCACCCCUGAAGAUCCCAGGUGGGCGAGGGAAUGGCACACGGGAUCACACUCCUUCAGCUCGGCCAAUCUACUCAGACCUUAAGUUGACUGUGACGGAGGAGCCAGCAUGUAGCGGUCGCCCCGGGAUACUACACUUCCUAAGUCGUCCCACCGUGACCAAGACCAUCCAGUGGGACGCCGUCCUGAGCAGCAACGCUCUUUAUGUGGAGAUGCCUCCUGACUCGCUUCCUGAAGGCAGCAAGGAGAGCUUUGCUGCUCUCCUGGAGUUUGCAGAAGAACAUCUGAAAGUCCUCAGCGUCUUCAUAUGCUUCUACAAGAACCGAGAUGAUCGCGCUAAACUGGUGCGUACCUUCAGCUUUCUGGGCUUUGAGAUUGUGAAACCGGGCCAUGCCCUCGUCCCGCCACGUCCCGACGUUCUCUUCAUGGCCUACAGUUUUGACAGGGACUCUUCGGACGAGGAGUAGCCCUCCGGUUUCCUCCCCUUCUCCCCUCGUGUCAUUGUUUCACCAUCUCCUCACAUAUAAGCUCUGUGUCGCCCCCUCCCCCCACACCAUCCCACUUUAACUUCCAUGGAUGUCACUGAGGGAACGUCUCCACCUUCUUCCCUCGU